UUGCGGCAGCAGUGGGAGUAUCCAAAAACUCGCAGUGAGAAUUGACUUAUCACCUUGACAAAUAACAGAUUCUGCACAGUGCUGAUCAAACAGAGUGUAUUUCUCAGUCACUAAAUUGAACCUGCUGCUUUUCGACCGACAUUUAUUGAUUGAACAGUAAGCAACGCGAGGUCUAACUGCACUUAGUGGACAUACGGAGUCGCGUGUGUGUUGCCAGAUAUAACUAUCCUACAGAAGACAUGUCUUUUUCAUGUGUUGUGGACAUUUACAUUAGCCUACAUUUGAACCUGCAGCUCUGACAUAACUGGCUCCACUGUUGAGUCAUUUCUACAAACCGUUUUAACGUCUGUUUUCCGGACAUUCAAGUUCUCAUUCAGGAAUUAUCAAAGAGUAUGGUGAUGCUUUCUGCAUGAGCAAGAGCAACGGACUGUGAAAGAAAAUGAGCAAAAAAUAUGAAUCAACAAACGUGCCUGAGGUGGAGGACCACAUUUCUCUGAAGUACGAAAUGAAGAAGAGACUUGGGAAAGGGGCUUAUGGUAUUGUAUGGAAAGCAGUUGACAGACAGACAGGCGAGAUCGUGGCCGUGAAGAAGAUCUUUGACGCCUUCAGGAACAGGACAGAUGCCCAGCGGACAUUCAGGGAAAUCAUGUUCCUCCAGGAGUUUGGAGAUCAUACAAACAUCGUACGACUUCUAAAUGUCAUCAGAGCGCAAAAUGAUAAAGACAUUUACCUCAUCUUUGAAUAUAUGGAUACCGACCUUCAUGCGGUGAUAAAGAAAGGCACUCUCCUGAAGGACAUCCACAAACGUUAUGUGAUGUACCAGCUCUUCAAAGCCAUCAAAUACCUGCAUUCAGGAAAUGUUAUCCACCGGGACCAUAAGCCAUCCAAUGUGCUGCUGGACACCGACUGUGUAGUCAAGCUGUGUGAUUUCGGCUUGGCCAGAUCACUCAAUCAAAUCCAAGAGGACAGUGGGAAUCCAGCACUGACAGAGUACGUGGCGACGCGGUGGUACCGAGCUCCAGAGAUCCUGCUGGGGUCCACAAGGUACACAAAAGGUGUGGACAUGUGGAGCCUUGGCUGUAUCCUGGGAGAGAUGCUGCUGGGAAAAGCCCUGUUCCCCGGGACAUCCACCAUCAACCAAAUAGAGAAGAUCAUGAGCACCAUACCACACCCCAGCUCAGAAGAUGUUCUUGCAAUCAAGUCUGAAUAUGGAUCCUCUGUCAUUCAGAGAAUGUUACUGAAACCACAGCUGCCUUUGGAGGAUCUUCUCCAGCCGUCUGUGCCUCCAGAUGCUCUGGACCUGUUGAGAGGUUUGCUAGUUUUUAACCCGGACAAGCGGCUGACUGCUGAACAAGCCCUCCAACACCCAUAUGUAGCCAGGUUUCAUAAUCCAGCCAAGGAGCCCGCUCUUAACUAUGAUGUAGUGCUGCCAGUGGACGAUGAUGUACAAUUAUCUGUGGUUCAGUACCGCAACAAACUUUAUGAGAUGAUACUGGAGAGGAGAACAAAUCAGGGGAUACUAAAGCUGAUCCAACCAAAGGAUGGAGGCUGUGUCAGUCACAUUGAGAGGCCCAACGUGAAGGAUAAAGUAGAAAAGGGCCCAAUGGCAGCGAGUGGAGAUAAUGACCAUGAGGGGAAAACACAACAUGAAAAGACUGAAGAGACAAACCACGAGCCUUUACACACAGCCGUCACUAAACCUGGGCCUGUGAAUGUGUCAAACCCGCCUGCUGUGGAGAAGACGAGUCCAUUAUCGAGCCCUGGCGGCUUAGGAAAACUCACAUAUAACCCCAUCACACACGCUCCAAAUGGUUUUGUCCGGAGUCCAGCUGGUCUUCCUCAUUACUGCUCCUCCACUGCAGCUAGCAGGAAACUAGUGGGACAGACCAGUACCGGAAGUGCAACAACAUCACCAACAGAGGGCUCCAACAGUAAUGAAUCCAUGGACCAGAUUCUCCAGCGUGGUCGCUCAGCCCCUGUGGCUCAUACCCGCUCCUUCUCCUUGACCCUAAACCAAACCCAGAACAAUCCGUUGGUUCGCAAGGAUGAGCCAUCCCUGCCCUCUGGGCUUUACGUCACAUCUGCACGCCUGAACCAGCGCUCUAACUCUCAGGUUCGUGAGGCUCGGCCACCGACACGGUUCAGCAAGAAAGUAUUUCAGAGUAACUGUAAUGUGGCAGCUGCAGGCGACCCUCGAGCCAAACUGGGCAGCUAUUCCCAGGCCUAUGGUACCAUCAACAAGACCGAACUGGACAAUCUGCUUCGAAGCCGCCCUUACAACCAGUAACUGCUGUCAUGUCAGCGAUUCCAAGUGUGUCACGUGUUUGAACACACAACAAUUUUUGCCUUUCACAAGGAUGUUAGGCACAAGGCAAACUGAAAGAGAGCUUGUAAAACGAAACUGUGAAGACUGUUACACUUCUUGUAUACUAUGUAGAUUAUAUCCAUGGAGACAUGAUCGUCGCUGUCUGUGACAAUGAAUACAUAUAUGUAAAAAUCCACUGUAACUUCAUAUUACGUUUAUCAAACUGUACCAGCAAAUCUAGAAAAUAUGUAUACGAAUGUUCAACAAGUUUUACUCAACAGCAUUUCUGACAAAGCUGGAUUAUCAACCAGGCGAACUGAUGUACCUUUUUUUUAGCAUCUGAAAUGUUAACUUGUCUUUCUGUAGAGAGACAGUAUGUCAAUAUUCUCAUGCAAGAUGUUCCUAAAUACAAUUGUGUUUUAACUAAUUAUCACAAACAGGGUCCCACAGAUUGGGCCCAUUACAGGGUCAAACCAGCCAUGAUUUUUCAUGUAGAUCUAUGUAGCUAAUGACCUAUAGGCUCAAUGGUUUAUGCACAUUAAGCUUGUUGGUUUCAGAUGGACACAGAAUGACUGUAAAAUAAGUAAAUAACUGUUUGAAAGGAUCAUGCAACAAGGAGUUAUUUUUUCAUGUGAAUUCAGCAGCAAUUCUUGUUCAUAAUGUGUACAGAAUGAAAAAGAUUAGAAGUUUCUUGAACCCAGUUGAUAAUAUUUAACAGACAUGGAUGACUGUGGCAGCAAACCACCAUACAGUUUAAUAAUAAAC